AUGUCUGGAAGUGAAAAACGAAAGAAAAAACAAAAAAUUGAACAAGAUAAUGAAACUCAAAAAGGGUCUAUGCACAGGUUUUUAAAAAAAAAUAGUUAUGCUGAUGUACAAGUAAAUGAACAAGAUAAUCUCACACAUGAAACUAUUUUUAAUGAGCAAGAUAAUGUCUUGAAUGAAAAUGUUUCUCAAGAAAAAGUUUCAAAUGAAAAUGUUGAUUUUGAUGAUGAAAAGAUUAAUAAUGAAGAUGUUAAUGUCAAUAAUGAAAAUGUUAACAUUUCAAAUGAGAAUGAGAAUGAAAAUGUCAUGAAUGAUAACAAUGAACAAUUUAUUCCACCUUUAGAUAUAUAUGAUCCUAGUAAUUGGGAUAAUCUUGAUAAUAACUUAAGAGAUAUUUUGAUUGAAAAAUGGCCAAUAAGAGAAUCAAAUUUUGUGUAUCCUAAAGAUAAUCUAUCUAGACAUUUUUCUUAUGCUUCUUAUACUAGAAAGUUAAGUAAUGCAAAUGAUGGAUUUAAUGAUUGGAAACAUCUAUUUGAUAGACUUAAAGAACAUGAAAAUAGUUCCCAACAUCUUUUUUGUAUGGAUUCUUGGGAUGAACUAAUAGCAAGAUUUGAUAAGAAUAAAACAAUUGAUAAAGAUUUACAAAAUACAGUUUUAACUGAAAAAGAACGUUGGAGAAAUGAAGGUUAUGCCAUUAGUAUUGAUAAUGCUAAGGCCAUUGCAUCGGAUAUGGAAGUUGAACCUAUAUUCCCAAAAAAACGCCAAAUUACUAGAAAAAAACAAUUUGAUGAAAUUAAUUGUGAAGAUGAAUUACUAUCACCCGAAGAAUCAUUUAGAAUCGAGUAUUUUAUAUAUAUUGUUGAUGUGGCAAUUGCAUCAUUAGAGGGUAGAUUUGAGCAAUUAACAAACUUUGAAAACAUUUUUGGAUUUUUAUAUGAUUCAAAAAGGUUAAAGUCAUUGGAUGAUAUUGAACUUAAAAAAAGUUGUGUUGUUUGUGUAAAUAAGUUUACUCAUAAUAACUUAUGUGAUGUGGAUUUAAAUGAAUUUUUGACGGAACUUAAAGUAUUACAAAAAACUUUGCCAAAUGUUGUUAUGUCAUCGGUUGAAAUUUUAGAGUUUGUCAAAGGUAAAGAUUGUUAUCCAAAUGUUUGUAUUGCAUAUAGAAUCUUAUUAACCAUACCAGUUACUAUAGCAUCAACAGAAAGAAAUUUUUCAAAACUAAAAUUAUUAAAAAAUUAUUUGAGAUCAUCAAUGUCACAAGAAAGAUUAAAUGGUUUGGCUAUGUUAUGCAUUGAAAAAGAUUUGUUGGAUAAUAUUGAACUUGAUUCUAUAAUUGAUGACUUUGCAUCUAAAAAAGCUCGUAAAUGUAAAUUUCUUUAG